CAGUGACGUCAGCGCGCAGCGGCGGCGAAGUGACGCGCCGAUUGGGUGAGCUCGGAGCUGAAGUGUGUUACCCAGCAGUAAAAGACAAGACAGCGAUAAUAACAACAACAGCUGCCGCCGCAUGAAGCUAACUAAAGACACUUCUGCACUUUCUGGGCUCUCACUGUGAACAUUUCGUAUGUCACAAUGGCUGCACAGUUCACUAUAUCGGACAGCGAAUCCGAGCCGGAGGAGGAAGUCGAGGGAGGAAAAAUUAAGCAUUCAUUGAAUGACCCAGAACAGGUUGUACCUCACCGGCACAACCUCACCCUACCUGAGCUCAGGGUGGCAGGAAGUCGUCGGAUCAGGCUAAAUUCAGAGUCACAUGCUUCAACCAUUUCCAGAGAGGAAGCCUUCCAGUCCUGGGGGGAGGAAGAAGCCGGAACGCCCACAGAAGGAGCUCCUUUCAGGGGACGGUCCAGGUCAGCUCCUCCUGCCCUGUGGGCAGCAAAGAAGUAUGGCAGGCAGCUCCGCAGGAUGAGUGAUGAAUUUGACAGCCUGCUGGACAAAGGGAUGAGGAAGGUGAAGAGCGCAGGCACAGCCAGACAGAUGCACCACUCCAAAAGCUGGUGGAGCUACCUCUUUAGUCACCAGGAGCUGGAAGGAGAAAACAACCAUCACGAGAACCACACUCACCGCACUGAGUAGGCAGCAGAAGAGGAAGAAGCCGAGAGAACAACUGUCGUAAGAAUACAGGACCAGCUCUGAGUGGGAACCAAUGACAGUUUGGUUCGAUCAAAAAGAUGAAGAUCCAAACGUGACGGAGUGACAAGCAGCAAAGCACUGAGGUCCGAGCUCCUGCUCAUGUAAUUUGAACUUGUUUCUAUACAUUUUGUGGUUUUGUUGGUUGUGAUGUAAACAGCACUGUGAACUGUUCAAAUGUGAGGCAGACUGCCAGCUCUUUAAGCCAAGAAGAUGCUGUCAUUGAAGAGAGAAUAUGAAAGGGGACUGAAAGUUGACUAUUCAGUCACCAGACGCUCAACUAUUCUGCUGUCUUUAACAUCAACACUAUACAAUAUACUGUAGAUGGAGAGAUAAUUGUACUGAUAGGGAACACUUUUAGGACGUAAGGCCUACCUGACUGCUGUUAGAACUUCCCCCCUUCUUCAAUUUCAUGGAGGAAGUUGUUGUUUGCGUGUUACCAAUGCUUUUGUUUUAAUGUUUUAAUCCAAAUAUUGGUGCUCCGAAUUGCACAAAUCAAGGAGAUCACUGUAUUGUGUGCCAAAAGAAUCUUUUGGGCAACAGAAGUGUAUAAAAUGGAAGGUUUUUAACCAGCAACCAAUGUGGGGCCUUUACCCAGCUUCCUGUUCCGCUCCAUGCAACUGAGAACCAUAGCCACCACUGUACUCGACUAUCAUUUACCGCUUUAUAUUUCAAAUUAACCAGAAGAACAAUCUUGUACACGGACAAUCUCCGACAAUGCAGAAAUAUCUUUUAUACAACUUCAGGGUCAGAAUAUAUCUGAAGAUAAUGACGUUAAAACAUAUUAAAGAAAAGCACAAACCAAUAUGAAUUUAUCUUUUUAAAGCCUAGGAUAAGCGCAAAAAUCAUAAUAGUAAUAAGAUGUUGUAAUUUCAAAUGUGUAAAUAUUUUGGUAAUAUAUUGUGAAAAGGGCAUUGAGCGAAUUAAGAAAAAGCAACAUGGCUUGGCCAGAAUUGAAGUUCUUGAGGUUUUAUACGUGGCUAUUUAAGAACCUAGCAAUAGGCAGUGUACAAUCUGUGGAUGUUGUGGUUAUUGUUGUGUAUAUUUAACAGUUGUGGGUGGGGAUGGAUUAAACUGCUGUACUAGGUUGAACCACUCAACAUUUGCCGCAAAUUUUCUCUGCACCUGGUGCAAACUUAAGUGCAUUUCCUGUCCUGAUUUCUUAGUCGAUCACAGGGGUAUUAGUUGCAUUUGUCUCAAAGAGGGAAAAAAAUCAUAUAAGUUGCACUGGUCUUAAGUCACAAAUAUUUCUUCAAAUCCACAGCAAACAUUUCAUCUAGAAAGACUGUGAAGGAUAUGGUUCUAGAACCAGCCAUACUACUUAAAAAGUCCAAAAUAUACAGUAUAUGAAAUGUGUAUGUUUUCAUAUUAUCAUAGUUAUAAAAAUAAACGCCCACUGCUCCACAAUUUGGUAAUAAGAUUAGUUUAUAUGUGAUAUGUCUAACUAUUGAAAUUGUUCAUAGAUUUGUCCUCCUUGUGUCUUCUUCUCUGGACUUGUGGGGUUAAGGUCAAGGAUUGUUUUUUUGCCCUCUUUAUACUUAAAAAAAUAUAGCCUUUUCUAGUCUUUGUGAAAGACAUUUCUUAAAUCAAUAUUUCUAUCAAUCUGAAUUGAUUCUUUUUCUUUAAGAUCCAUUCAAAUCUGAACAUUAUCUUGACACAACAACUGAACUAUAAUGUCUUAUUGUUUUGGAUUUGCUUAAAUGCCUCUGAAACGACAGUGACUUGACUGUUUUGUCAUUCCUGAAAGUCCUGUCUGUAAAUGCAACACAACAGUCUCUGACAGAGUCAUGAGCCUGGUGCCAGACCUAAUAAAAAUCAAGUUCAGGGAAUGAUCAGCCUCAAACGGCCUUGAACAAGCUGUAACCUGUGACGUGCAACUGCAGAACCAGACCUGCCUGUUUACUCAACUGCGCCUUAAAACCUUUACAGCUCACUGUCAGAGAUUACACUCAAGAAGGAGCACAGAAAAUAACAGUGACGCGUUAUCAGUAGGUGUGUUCACCGUCAGAACCUGGCAGUUUCAUCAAAUCUCAUCAGUCAAUGACUUACAAAAAGAUUUGAAGAUGAACACACCCUUAAGGAAGACCCUGCCUGGCAGCUGGAGUUUUUAUCUUAAUUGUUAUUAUUUUGCCUCUUCCUUGACUUAGUAUUACUUGAAUCUGGAGACACGUUUAAAGAAAAAAAAAGUGAAUUUUUAUUAAUUUGAUCCAGUUUGUCCAGUUUAACAUUUUUGUAAAUGGAAUUUCGCUGAAGCAGUUAUACUUCUGGUAUAUGCUUUUCUGAAUAAAAAAAGUUUGAGUGGUUUAAAAA